CGGGUGUCGCCGGAGGGAAGGAGCGAACCGGAGCGCGUCGUCCUGAGAGGAGUGAAGGCGGCAAAAUGGCGGACCGCUUCUCCCGCUUCAACGAGGACCGAGACUUUCAGGGUAAUCACUUUGAUCAGUAUGAAGAAGGACACUUGGAAAUUGAACAAGCAUCACUUGACAAGCCUAUAGAAUCGGAUAAUAUUGGACACCGCUUACUCCAGAAACAUGGGUGGAAGCUGGGCCAGGGAUUGGGAAAAUCACUUCAGGGGAGGACAGAUCCCAUCCCAAUCGUUGUCAAGUAUGAUGUCAUGGGCAUGGGUCGCAUGGAAAUGGAGCUUGAUUAUGCCGAAGAUGCUACUGAACGACGCCGUGUCCUAGAAGUAGAGAAGGAAGACACAGAGGAGCUGAGACAGAAGUAUAAGGAUUAUGUUGACAAAGAGAAGGCAAUUGCAAAAGCCUUGGAAGACCUAAGAGCCAACUUUUACUGUGAACUCUGUGAUAAGCAAUAUCAGAAGCAUCAGGAAUUUGACAACCAUAUCAACUCCUAUGACCAUGCACACAAGCAGAGAUUAAAAGAUCUCAAACAGAGAGAGUUUGCCCGAAAUGUCUCCUCAAGAUCCCGCAAGGAUGAGAAGAAACAAGAAAAGGCCCUUCGGAGACUGCACGAACUGGCAGAGCAAAGAAAACAAGCUGAAUGUGCACCUGGAAGUGGGCCCAUGUUCAGACCCACCACAGUGGCUGUAGAUGAAGAAGGAGGAGAUGAUGAUAAGGAUGAUUCGGCUGCAAACAGUGCCACUAGUACCACUGCUGCCUGUGGCCCUGGAUCUGAAUUCUCCACCGAUAAAGGAGGCCCUUUCACUGCCGUGCAAAUCACUAGCACCACUGGACUAGCACAGGCUCCUGGGUUAGCCUCCCAAGGCAUCAGCUUUGGCAUUAAGAAUAAUCUGGGGACCCCACUGCAAAAAUUAGGAGUGUCAUUUUCUUUUGCCAAGAAGGCUCCUGUCAAACUGGAAUCAAUAGCAUCCGUUUUCAAGGACCACGCAGAGGAAGGGACCUCUGAAGAUGGAGCAAAAGCAGAUGACAAGGGUCCUGACCAAGGGCCGCAGAAGGUGGGAGACUCUGACGGCAGCAGUAAUCUUGAUGGUAAGAAAGAGGAUGAAGAGCCUCAGGAUGGGGGAUCCCUAGCCUCAACGUUAUCCAAGUUAAAAAAAAUGAAGCGGGAAGAAGGAGCCGGGGCUACAGAGCCAGAGUAUUACCACUACAUCCCCCCAGCACACUGCAAAGUGAAACCUAAUUUUCCCUUCCUACUGUUUAUGAGAGCCAGUGAGCAAAUGGAAGGUGAAAAUAGUCCACGCCCAAAGAAUUCCCUGGAGAGCAAAAAAAGUAGUUCUCCCAAGCCUAAAGGCUGCGUCAAGGUGGCAGCCAGCCAAGGAGCAGAAAAGACAGUUAGCGAAGUCUCCGAGCAGCCGAAGGAAGUCGGUGCAACUGCCCCCUCAGAGCCCGGGAGCAAAGUGGAGGCAAAGAUGGCCUCGGGAAGUGAUAUGAGUGAGCAGAGUGGGGAGAGUCAGAGUCGGAAGACUUCAGAGAACCAACUAUGUGAGUCUAACCCUUCUAAAGAAACCGCUCAGGCCACCCCAGCAGGGAAGGAAAGCCAGGAGGGGCCCAAGCAUCCCACUGGUCCCUUCUUCCCUGUGUUGAGCAAAGAUGAAAGCACUGCCCUCCAGUGGCCGUCAGAACUACUGAUUUUCACCAAGGCGGAGCCAUCCAUCUCAUACAGCUGUAACCCUUUGUACUUUGACUUUAAACUUUCACGGAACAAAGAUACCAGAGCUAAAGGGACAGAAAAACCAAAGGAUAGUGGAGGCUCCUCAAAGGACCAUCUGGAAGGUCUGGAUCCUGGUGAGCCAAAUAAAAGCAGGGAAGGGUGCGAGAAUGUGCUGCAUUCCUCGGGAGGCAGAAUGGAUGCACCUGUAUCCGGAUCUGCCUGUAGCAGCCUGAGUAAGCAGGAGCCUGGGGGCAGCCAUGGGUCCGAGCCAGAAGACACAGCGAGGAGCCUUCCCAGCAAGAAAGAACGAUCUGGGAAGUCUCACCGACACAAAAAGAAAAAGAAGCACAAAAAAUCGAGCAAACACAAACGGAAACAUAAGACUGAUGCAGAAGAGAAAAGCUCUAAGGCAGAGUCUGGGGAGAAGUCUAAGAAGCGCAAGAAGCGAAAACGAAAGAAGAAUAAGUCAUCAGCCACAGCAGAUUCUGAGCGAGGACCCAAACCAGAACCCCCUGGGAGUGGCAGCCCUGCACCGCCAAGAAGACGGCGGCGAGCGCAAGAUGAUUCCCAGCGGAGAGCCCUCCCGGCUGAAGAAGGGAGCAGUGGCAAGAAGGAUGACGGUGCAGGUGGUAGCAGCUCCCAGGAUCAUGGUGGAAGGAAACACAAAGGUGAACCUCCAGCUUCAUCCUGCCAGCGAAGAGCUGGCCCCAAACGGAGCAGCCGGUCUAGCCAUCGGAGCCGACCCAGUAGUGGAGAUGAGGAUAGUGAUAAUGCUUCAUCACACCGGCUGCACCAGAAGUCUCCGUCCCAGUACAGUGAGGAGGAGGAAGAGGAGGAGGAUUCGGGCAGUGAACAUUCCCGCAGCUGCUCCCGAUCUGGCCGGCACCAUUCGUCACACCGUUCCUCUCGACGUUCCUACUCCAGUAGCUCAGAUGCCUCUUCCGACCAGAGCUGCUACAGUAGACAGCGCAGUUACUCUGAUGACAGCUAUAGUGACUAUAGUGACCGAUCACGAAGGCACUCCAAGCGCUCCCAUGACUCGGAUGACUCAGACUAUGCCAGCUCCAAGCACCGGUCCAAGCGACAUAAAUAUUCAUCCUCUGAUGACUAUAGCCUCAGUUGCAGCCAAUCCCGAAGCCGGUCUCGGAGUCAUACCCGGGAGCGCUCGAGAUCCCGGGGCCGCAGCCGCAGCAGCAGUUGUAGUCGCAGUCGGAGCAAGCGGAGAAGCCGCAGCACUACAGCCCAUAGCUGGCAGCGGAGCCGGAGCUAUAGCCGGGACCGCAGCCGCAGCACCAGGAGCCCUUCACAGAGAUCAGGCUCCAGAAAGGGAUCGUGGGGUCACGAGAGCCCUGAGGAGAGGCGUUCUGGGCGUCGGGACUUCAUUCGCUCUAAGAUCUACCGUUCCCAGUCCCCCCACUAUUUCCGAUCAGGCCGAGGAGAAGCUCCUGGGAAGAAAGAUGAUGGCAGAGAUGACAGUAAAGGGACAGGCCCCCCCUCUCAGAACAGCAACACUGACCCAGGAAGGGGAUCAGAAAGUGACUGUAGCCCUGAAGACAAGAAUUCUGUCACUGCCAAACUGCUUCUGGAGAAGAUCCAGUCAAGGAGAGUGGAGAGGAAGCCCAGUGUGAGUGAGGAGGUGCCGGUCCCCCCUAAUAAAGCUGGGCUGAAGCUCAAGGACCCCCCUCAGGGCUACUUUGGACCCAAACUCCCCCCAUCUCUUGGCAGUAAGCCUGUCCUCCCACUGAUAGGGAAGCUCCCAGCUAACCGAAAGCCCAACAAGAAAUGUGAAGAGGCUGGCUCGGAAAGGGGGGAAGAGCAAGAACAGUCAGAGACAGAAGAAGGGCCCCCAGGGAAUAGUGAUGCCGCAUUUGGGCAUCAGUUCCCCUCAGAGGAAGCAGCUGGUCCCUUAUCAGACCAACCCCAAGAAGAGCCAAAGUCAGAAGAAGCUACUGCUGAUCACCCUGUGGCUCUGCUCGGUACCCCGCCACACUCUGACUGCUACCCUGGGAACCCAGCCAUUUCCCAUAACUACCUCCCUGACCCCAGUGACGGGGACGCCCUCGAGGCCCUGGAUAGCAGUAGUCACCCAGGCCCUGUGGAAUCCAGCUUGCUGCCUAUAGCGCCAGACCUUGACCACUUACCUGGUUACACCCUUCCCAGCGGGGAACCUAGUAUCGAGUCAACAGACGGGCCUGAGGAUGCGUCGUUGGCCCCCCUGGAGAGUCAGCCCAUCACCUUCACUCCUGAGGAGAUGGAGAAGUACAGCAAGCUCCAGCAGGCCGCCCAGCAGCACAUCCAGCAGCAGCUUCUGGCCAAGCAAGUGAAGGCCUUUCCCGCCUCAGCGGCCCUGGCCCCGGCCACACCAGCCCUGCAGCCGAUCCACAUUCAGCAGCCAGCCACCGCCUCAGCCACCUCCAUCACGACUGUUCAGCACGCCAUCCUACAGCAUCAUGCUGCAGCAGCUGCUGCCGCCAUUGGCAUUCACCCCCACCCGCAUCCCCAGCCACUUGCCCAAGUGCAUCAUAUUCCCCAACCCCACCUGACCCCCAUUUCCUUGUCCCACCUCACUCACUCAAUCAUCCCUGGCCACCCUGCUACCUUUCUCGCUAGCCAUCCCAUCCACAUCAUUCCUGCCUCCGCCAUCCAUCCUGGGCCCUUCACCUUCCACCCUGUCCCACAUGCUGCCCUCUACCCAACGCUGCUUGCCCCACGGCCUGCUGCGGCAGCUGCCACUGCCCUCCACCUUCACCCACUACUUCACCCCAUCUUCUCAGGUCAAGACCUGCAACACCCCCCCAGCCAUGGCACAUGAGGUGAAGGGUGGGAGCCUAGGGAAGGCUAGGGAAGGUGAUUGGUAAAUCUUCCUCUGGGGGUGUUGAGCCAUUAAUACCAGCAAGUAGAAGCUGGAAUGGGCAGUGUCUGAGAGCCAAAGAAUCGAGUUUUGGCUUGCAGGGAUGGGUUUAGAUUUGAGGUUUGCUUUGAGUUUA